CCUCGAGACAGCGGGGCUGCGAGCUGCGGAGCGUGCGGUUUCGCGGCCUGCGUUCGGCCAGCUCCAGCGGCUCACAGGCCGAGGUAACGAGGCGCAGCAAGCCGAGCCUCCCCUCUCCCCCGGACAGCGUGGGCCAUGGAGACUCAAGUGCUGACGCCGCACGUCUACUGGGCUCAGCGGCACCGCGAGCUGUAUCUGCGCGUGGAGCUGAGUGACGUGCAGAACCCUGCCAUCAGCAUCACAGACAACACGCUGCAUUUCAAAGCUCAGGGACACGGUGCCAAAGGAGACAAUGUCUAUGAAUUUCACCUGGAGUUCUUAGACCUUGUGAAGCCAGAGCCGGCGUACAGGCUGACCCAGAGGCAGGUGAAUAUCACAGUCCAGAAGAAGGGGAGUCAUUGGUGGGAGAGGCUCACCAAGCAGGAGAAGCGCCCACUGUUUUUGGCCCCUGACUUUGAUCGCUGGCUGGAUGAAUCUGAUGCGGAAAUGGAGCUGAGAGCCAAGGAGGAAGAACGCCUAAAUAAACUCAGACUAGAAAGCGAAGGCUCCCCUGAAACUCUCACAAACCUGAGGAAAGGGUACCUCUUCAUGUACAACCUUGUGCAGCUCCUCGGCUUCUCCUGGAUCUUUGUCAACCUCACAGUGCGGUUCUUCAUUUUGGGAAAAGAGUCCUUCUAUGACACGUUCCACACUGUGGCUGACAUGAUGUAUUUCUGCCAGAUGCUGGCACUAGUGGAAACCCUCAACGCUGCGAUUGGGGUCACGAAUUCCCCAGUGCUGCCUUCUCUCAUCCAGUUUCUUGGAAGAAAUUUUAUUCUGUUUCUCAUUUUCGGCACCAUGGAAGAAAUGCAAAACAAAGCUGUGGUUUUCUUUGUGUUUUAUUCAUGGAGUGCAAUUGAAAUUUUCAGGUACCCCUUCUACAUGCUCUCCUGCAUCGACGUGGACUGGAAGGUGCUCACAUGGCUUCGCUACACCAUGUGGAUUCCCUUAUACCCCCUGGGAUGUUUGUCAGAAGCUGUGGCAGUGAUCCAGUCCAUCCCAGUCUUCAAUGAAUCAGGAAGGUUCAGUUUUACUCUACCAUAUCCAGUGAAGAUGAAAGUCAGAUUUUCCUUCUUCCUUCAAGUUUAUCUUGUAAUGUUAUUUUUAGGGUUAUAUAUUAAUUUUCGUCACCUUUAUAAACAGCGAAGACGGCGGUAUGGACAAAAGAAGAAAAAACUCCACUAAAGAUAAAUUUGGUAGCUUCAUUUGAGCUGAAUCUAUGAUUCUUACUGUUUUACUUCUUGUACUGAUGUAAGGGUUUGUUUGUUUUAUUUUUUAAAGUAAGGCCAUCUCUUUUUCCCAGUAACAUUCCUGAGUCUACUGUCUAUCUUAGUGUUGUACUUGCAUGACAUGGCUAUCAGGUAUCUGACAAGUUCAUUCCUGUGUAUUAAUGCAAAGGUGGCCCUCCUCCUGUCUGUGCUCUUCCCUACAGGCACUGUCUUCACAGUUAGGGCUUGGUCUUUCUGCUACUGCUUGUGAAAACAGAAAAAACAAGACUACAUUUUCCCACUGCA